AUGCCGGCUGGACAGAUCCGCGUGCCUGCUGGAGCGUGUCUGCUGGUACUUUUCGGGACUCUGAGCUCCCGGGUCACGGAGGUGGGAGGUACCCAUCAGAGCAUCCCGCCGUCCGUAGUGAAGCUAUGGGCUUCAGCGUUUGGAGGAGAGAUGAAGUCCAUCUCUGCAAAGUAUUCUGGCUCACAGCUGCUUCAGAAGAAAUACAAAGAGUUUGAGCAGUCAGUGCGUGUGGAGGAGAUCGAUGGACUGCGCCUGGUCAAGCAACUGGCUCAAAACAUGGAAGAGAUGUUCCAUAAGAAAGCACAGGCAAUGAAGAGACUAGUGGAGGCAGCAGAGGAGGCCCACCUUCAGCAUGAGGAGGACCCAGACCUACAGUAUGAAUACUUCAAUGCGGUCUUGAUCAACGAAGUGGAUGAAGAAGGCAACAGCGUGGAACUUGGAGGAGAAUUUGUCUUGCAGCCAAAUGACCAUUUCAAUAAUUUAUCAGUUAACCUCAGUCUGAGUGUGGUGCAGGUGCCCACCAACAUGUACAAUAAAGAUUCUGCUAUUGUCAACGGCGUGUACUGGUCCGAGGCCCUAAAUAAAGUCUUUGUGGAUAAUUUUGAGAAGGACCCAUCGCUCAUCUGGCAGUACUUUGGCAGUGCAAAGGGCUUUUUCCGACAGUACCCAGGCAUUAAAUGGAAACCCGAUGAACAUGGCGUCAUUGCUUUUGACUGUCGAAACCGGAAGUGGUACAUCCAGGCUGCGACCUCUCCCAAAGAUGUUGUGAUCUUGGUGGACGUGAGCGGCAGCAUGAAGGGGCUGAGGCUCACCAUUGCCAAGCAGACUGUGUCCUCGAUCCUGGACACUCUAGGGGACGAUGACUUCUUCAAUAUUAUUGCUUAUAAUGAGGAGCUGCAUUAUGUGGAGCCCUGUUUGAAUGGGACUCUGGUCCAGGCUGAUGUCACUAACAAAGAUCAUUUCCGAGAGCAUCUGGACAAGUUGUUUGCUCAAGGAAUCGGAAUGUUAGACGUGGCUCUGACCGAAGCCUUUAAUUUGCUCAGUGAUUUCAAUGAAACAGGGAGAGGAAGUGAGUGCAGUCAAGCCAUUAUGUUGGUGACAGACGGAGCAGUGGACACGUACGACGCCAUCUUUGCCAAGUACAACUGGCCGGAUAGAAAGGUCCGGAUAUUCCCCUACCUGAUUGGUCGAGAGUCCGCCUUCGCUGAUAAUCUCAAAUGGAUGGCAUGCGCUAAUAAAGGCUACUUCACUCAGAUCUCUACACUAGCAGAUGUCCAGGAGAAUGUGAUGGAGUAUUUACAUGUCCUGAGCCGACCAAAAGUGAUUGACAGAGAACAUGACACCGUGUGGACCGAAGCCUACAUUGACAGCACUUUGGACGAUGGUCAAGGUCCAGUUCUGAUGACCACUGUAGCAAUGCCAGUGUUUAGCACUAAAAAUGAAACGAGAAACAGGGGGAUCCUGCUUGGUGUGGUGGGGACAGAUGUGCCUGUGUCAGAGCUGCUCAAGACCAUCCCCAAAUACAAGCUGGGCAUUCAUGGCUAUGCUUUUGCAAUCACCAAUAAUGGCUACAUCCUCACCCACCCAGAUCUACGACCACUCUAUGGCGAUGGUAAGAAGCGCCGAAAGCCAAACUACAGCAGUGUGGAUCUGUCGGAGGUAGAGUGGGAAGAUAAGGAUGACACGCUCAGAAAUGCAAUGGUCAACAGGAAGACUGGGACCUUUUCUAUGGAGGUGACCAAGAGCAUCGACAAAGGAAAACGAGUACUGGUUUUACAUAAUGAUUACUACUACACAGACAUAGAAGGGACUCCCUUCAGUCUAGGAGUGGCUCUUUCCAGAGGUCAUGGGAAGUUCUUUUUCCGAGGGAAUGUCACAAUAGAAGAAGGUCUUCACGACUUGGAGCAUCCAGAUGUGGCACUUGCUGAUGAAUGGACAUACUGCAACACAGAUGAGCACCCAGACCAACGAUACCUGCCCCAAAUAGAAGCAAUCAAACUUUAUCUGAGUGGACAUGAACCACAGCUCAAAUGUGACAAAGAGCUAAUCCAAGAAGUGUUGUUUGAUGCUGUGGUUACUGCUCCACUGGAAGCCUACUGGACCAGCUUAGUUUUAAAUAAGUCUGAGAAUUCAGACAAAGGUGUGGAGAUCGCGUAUCUGGGCACAAGAACUGGCCUUUCUAGGAUCAACUUGUUUGUAGUUCCCGAUGAGCUUACUAACCAAGAUUUCCUGACAGCUGAGGACAAAGAAGGAGUGUUUAAUGCAGAUCACUUUCCCCUUUGGUACAAAAGAGCCGCUGAGCAAGUUCCUGGGACAUUUGUCUACUCUCUGCCAUUUACUGGAUCUGAAAACAAGAGCGUAGUCUUGGCCAGCACAGCCAUUCAGCUCCUGGAUGAGAGGAAAUCGCCGAUAGCUGCGGCUGUGGGAAUUCAGAUGAAACUGGAGUUUUUUCAGAAGAAAUUUUGGACGGCCAGUAGACAGUGUUCAGCUUUGGAUAGAAAGUGCUCUAUCAGUUGUGAUGAUGAGAACAUUAACUGCUACCUCAUAGACAAUAAUGGCUUCAUUCUGGUAGCAGAGGAUUACACAUUGACUGGAAAAUUCUUUGGUGAGGCUGAGGGAGCAGUUAUGAACAAGCUCCUACAGAUGGGCUCUUUUAAAAGAGUGACACUGUAUGACUAUCAAGCACUGUGCUGGGUCUUUUCAGAGAGCAGCGGCAGUGGACACACUCUCCUAGACCCGUACUUUGCCUUCUUCUCUGCAAUCAAGUGGAUUUUGACUGAACUUGUCAUCUUUCUGAUGGAGUUCAACCUGUACAGCUGGUGGUACUCAGACCUCACAACAAAAGCUCAGAGGAUAGGGCGGUCCAUGCAGGUCCCGUGUGACACAGAGUACCCAGCCUUUGUUUCGGAGAGGACCAUCAAAGAGAACAUGGGCCACACCGACUGCGACGGCUGCAUCAAGUCCUUUGUGAUCCAGCAGAUCCCCAGCAGUAACCUCUUCAUGGUGGUAGUAGACAACAAGUGUGACUGCAGCAUGUUUGAGCCCAUCACUAUGGACCCCAUUGAAAUCAUGUAUAAUGAAUCACUGAAAUGUGAGCGGCUGAAGAUGCAGAAGGAUAGGAGGCGUCCAGAUACCUGCCACCCUUUCCACCCUGAGGAGAAUUCGAUGGAGUGUGGAGGAGCCAAGGAUCUUGCACCAUCUCUAUCUGCUGUACUCCUUUGCAUCCUUCUGGCAGUGUGUCCCAGGUGACCCUCUCCAUGUGAGGAUCGGCUUGGCUGGGCAUGUAAUCCAACUGCGACAGUGCUACAAGAAAACGACAACUCUAAUCUAAAAAAAGUGACCAAUGAAAAACAUCUGCUGCCCCUAUAGCCCUGAGGUAUCCCCUAACCUGGCAACACAAAAAAGCAAUAUAUAAGCUGCAAACAGGGAUAUACAAAGUAUUGAACAUAGUAAACAUGGCAAUAGCACACCUAGUAGCUUACACUAUUACAGUAUAAUGCUAUGUUCAGUUCUUUCUGGGUUCAUGGUGUGGUGCUGGGCUUUGAGGUUGGAGCCACAUAGAAAACACAUCAUAUAAAGUAAAAUUAAGAGAUUAAAAAAAAAUUAAAAAAAAUCAUCAAAUGAUGAUAGUUUGUCAGAAGGGGCAGAGACUGUAAAAAUGUCUGUCUAAUGUUUUUUUAAUGCCAAGAAAAGAAUAAAAUAUUAAAUGUACUGUACUGUGCAAAAUGAUCUUAUGGGAAAAAAGUUUAAUUUAUCUGUUUUAUUUAUUUAUUUUUGACUCUUUUGGGUUAUAAGAUACUGAUUAAAUAUUAUAAAAUAACAAAUACAUAUUUUAGUUUAUUAUUAUUAAAUCCUAAUGUGAUUUAAAUAACUAUGUUUUAGAUUUGUAUUGGGCUUUACAGGCAUGACAAGGCUCUCAAAGCGCUACACCUAAGUAUUUUUUCAUUU